GAACGCGAUUCUCUUUUCCUCCCAGCGUGACAAAGCAGUAGGGAAAACACAACAUGCUGAGUGUGAUCCUCGCUGGAACAAAAGGAAAUAAAGGGCCAAAAAAAAGGAGAGUGAAGACAAGACUACGCUUGGACUUGGACAAGGGAUGUCAACCCAAGUCCUCUUGCCAUAAAAUUCAUUUUUCUUCUGGUUGUGUGGGUGCGUGUGGGUGUUUUUGUAUUGGUUCGAAUCUUGUGGUGGUGGCGAAAUGCAUCUCUACAAUGCUUGGCUGCCACCCCAUGUUGCUGAGGAAACCAAGAGAGAGAAGGGAUCCUUUGCUCGGGUCGUCAGGACAGUCAAGGAGCUGCAUCGACCCGAUGAUCCUGAUUCCGUUUACUCCACUCUCGCUUGGAUACCUGUCAUCAAACUUUUCAUAGAUGCUGAAAGUGAAGUGGCUUUGGAAGAUGUAGGUACCCUCGUCAAAAUUGGUUUAGAAUUGUUUCACGUAUCACAAAACAACCUUUAUGCUCAGGUUAAAUGGGGAAAAACAUUACUCAGAUUAAUCAAUAAGUAUCACAAGAAAUUGUCAUUGAGAGUUCCGUGGCGGCCUUUUUAUGAUACUCUGAUUAGCACACAUUUCACCAGGAAUACAGGUCCAGAAGGAGCGAUACUAAAACAACGACAUUUUGAGACUCUUACUUGUCUUGUUCAAUCCUGCAGGAGAUUCUUCCCACCAGGUUCUGCCUUGGACAUAUGGUCUGAGUUUAGACCUUUAGUGGAAAAUCCAUGGCAUAAUUCAGCCUUUGAAGGAUCUGGAUUUCUGAGACUGUUUCUUCCUACAAAUUUGGACAACCAGGACUUCUAUUCAUGUGGUAGGAUUAAAGAGUGUGUAGACCUAUGGGACUCGAUACCAAAUUGCCACUUCUGGAACUGUCAAUGGGCUGGUGUGAUAGCUCGUGUUGUAAAGAAUUGCAACUUUAUCGAUUGGGAGUGUUUCUUGCCCACACUUUUCAUUAGAUACUUAAAUAUGUUUAAGGUUCCAGUGGCAAAUGGAUGUGAAUCAUACCCAUUUCCUCUGGAUGUUCCCCAAAACAUAAGGUUCUUAUUCUCCAACAAAACGGGUACCCUAGUGAAGGCUAUUGCAAAAUCAAUUGUAUAUCUACUAAAACCUCAUAGUUCAGCACAAGAGCACCUUGAGAAAUUUGUCAACCUUUUGGAACAAUAUUACCAUCCUUCUAAUGAUGGUCGAUGGACUUAUUCAUUGGAGCGUGUUUUGCUACAUUUGGUCACUCAAUUCAAGAAACGCCUAAAACAUGAACAACAGAACACAAAUAACGGUAGACCUGUCGAACUGCGUCUGGGAAGAUCAGAGAGGACUUUCUUUGUGAAUGUGGUGCUCAAGUUAAUUGACCGUGGUCAAUAUAGCAAGGAUGAAGAUCUUUCUGACACGGUUGUGGCUGCAAUUUCUAUUCUGUCCUAUGUGGAGCCUUCCUUGGUUCUUCCUUUUGUAGCAUCUCGAUAUUAUAUGGCCUUGGAGACGAUGACUGCCACCCACCAAUUGGAAAUUGCUGUGAUGUCCAUGGCAUAUGUUGGGCGUUCACUACUUCUCACAACCCUAUCACCUUACUCAGUAAAACCUGUUCAUCUUGGUGGUGGUAAUGUGUUCAUUGAUCUUCUGAGGGUUUCAUUAUCCAAUGCAUUACUUGGUAUGGAUGCCAAUGAUCCUCCUAAAACCUUGGCAACCAUGCAAUUAAUUAGUUCCAUAUUUUCCAAUUUGGCUUCUUUAGAUGAUAAUACAAAUGGGUUGUUAUUCAUGCCAAUCCGCUUUUCUCAAUGGCUGGAUGAGUUCUUAUCUCGCUUAUUUUCCUUGCUUCUAUACUUGGAACCUAGCAGUGUUCUGAAUGAAGGCCUAUAUUCACCAGAAACUUCAGGAACUUUUCUGGUCCAGUACAGUUCUUACUACUAUAUUAUGCUUGAAAUCUUGCUUGGGAAACUUUCAAAAUCACUUUAUGAUCAGGCUUUGAGGAAAAUUUCCGAGUUUGUCAGGACCAAUACUCUUCCUGGGGCAGUUGAAGAAGUUGGACUGCUUUGCUGCGCAUGCAUCCAUUCGAACCGAGAAGAGGCGGUUAAUCACCUUAUUGAGCCACUCUUGUUGUCUGUUAUAUCCUCCUUGGAAGAUACACUGCUUCUGGGAUUUAGUGAAGGCAAAAUUUCCAAUGCCUUAAUUUCAAUAAAGGCGAAACCGGCACUUUCUCCAGCUCUUGAAACAACAAUUAAUUAUCAAUUGAAAGUACUAUCAAUCGCCAUCAGUUAUGGAGGUCCUGCACUUCUACGUUGCAAGGAUCAAUUUAAAGAAGCUAUCGUUUCCUGUUUUGACUCACCAUCUUGGAAGGUCAAUAAAGCUGGUGGUCAUCUUCUUCGAUCACUCCUUAGAAGCCUGACACACUACUAUCCUACUGAUCUGUACAAGUGCAUUUUGUGUCACCCUGACGCAACUGCACUGGACAAAUGGAUCAGCACAAAAGAUUAUUCUGAGGAUGAACCAGUGAUGCCCCCCAAGUGGCAUAUUCCGAGUUCUGAAGAAGUCCAAUUUGCAAAUGAACUUUUGGAUCUUCAUCUUCAAUCAGCUUUGGAUGAUCUUUAUAGAAUAUGCCAAGCUGGAAUCCAUUCUGAGCCAGGGGACAACAAAGAGCACUUGAAAGUGACUCUUUUACGAGUUGAUUCUUCAUUGCAAGGUGUUUUGUCUUGCUUGCCUGAUUUCAAUCCAUCCUCCAGGAAUGGCAUGGUUGAAGAUCCAGAUCAUGCUCCUUUCUUAAUAGCUGGAGCUACAGGUUUGCAUAUUGGCAGCAGUGAAUUGCGGGAAAAAGCCGCUGAGGUCAUACAUGCUGCCUGCAAAUACUUAUUAGAGGAAAAAUCAGACGACAGCAUCCUAUUGACACUUGUUAUUCAUAUUAUGGAUGCUUUAGUAAACUACGGAAGGUUUUGGUAUGAUGAGUGGUUUGGGGAGGCUUGGAAUUUGGAGUCUGCGUCCAUAACAGAACCUCCAAUAAAUUUUAUUGUGUCAUCGCAUUCUAAAGGAAAGAGAAGGCCAAGGUGGAACCUUAUUGACAAGGCAUACCUGCACAGCAUGUGGAGAUCUUUAAAGUCAUCCUAUAAUAAAUUUUGUGCAACUGGGAACUUCCAUCCAUCAAAUCAUAUGAUUCUUUUACUGGAUGAUCUUCUAAAGCUUUGUUUGCAUAACUAUGCAACAGUUCGCAGACUCGCUAGCAAAUCUUUGUUGAAGAUGAUCAAGAGAUGGCCAUCUAUGAUUUCAAAGUGUGUUUUCUCUCUUAGUGAGAACUUACGGGACCUCAACUCACCUGAACAUGCAGUUCUAGGUUCUUGUGCAAUCCUUACCUCAAAAACAGUUCUCAGGCAUUUGUCAACGGAUUCAAAGUCAUUCUCUUCAUUUAUCCUUGGGAUUCUUUUGAGCUCCCAUCAUGAAUCACUAAAAGCCCAGAAAGCAAUCAUUGAGCUUUUUGUCACAUACAACAUCCAAUUUGCUGGAGUAUCUAGAAGCAUUUUCAGGACAUCAGAUUAUCGUAUAAAUGGAACAGAUUCUGCAAAUCUGGUUUCACAGAUUAUUUCCUUGGGUUCUGACUCUAGCAGCUUGCAUUGGCGAUAUAAUCUGAUGGCAAAUAGAGUUCUGCUCCUCUUGGCUAUGACAUCCAGGAAUUAUCUGAAUUCCUCUUCAGAAAUCUUGAGUGAUACUGCUGGUCACUUCUUGAAGAAUUUAAAAUGCCGUCUUCCUCAGACAAGAAUACUUGCAAUCUCGGCUCUAAAUACACUGUUAAAAGAAUCACCUUAUAAAUUUUCAGCUGAUGCACAGCCUUUCUUUUGUGAUGAUUUAGAAGGAAGUACAAAAUCAUCCCUUGAAGGAGCUUUGACUCGAAUUUUUAAAGCAGACGGAUUUUUCAAUGAGACUUUGAAUAGUCUAUCUCUUGUUCAUAUAAUCACUGAUGCUGAGAGUACAUCUUCUAGAGGAAAUAAUGGAAAUUCUAUUCUUCAGAGCCAAGCAGACAAAUCCAUUACUCGUUUCUACUUUGACUUUUCAGCUUCAUGGCCACGUACUCCUAGUUGGAUCUCUUUAUUAGAAAGUAAUUCAUUUUAUUCAAAAUUUGCACGGAUUUUCAAGCGGCUAGUGCAGGAAUGUGGCAUGUCCGUUUUAUUGGCACUUAAAAGUACAUUGGAGGAGUUUUCAAAUGCCAAGGAGAAGUCUAAGCAGUGUGUUGCUGCUGAGGCAUUUGCGGGUAUAUUGCAUUCUGAUGCCAAUGGUAUUUUAGGACAAUGGGACAGCUGGAUGAUGGUCCACUUGCAGAAUAUCAUUUUAGCACAAUCCGUUGAGUCCAUUCCUGAGUGGGCAGCUUGUGUACGGUAUGCCGUUAGUGGAAAAGGGAGAUAUGGAACAAGAGUUCCUCUUCUAAGGCAACAAAUCCUAGAUUGUUUGGCAAUACCUUUACCUCCAAAAGUAGCUACCACUGUAGUAGCCAAGCGCUAUGCUUUUCUAGCAGCUGCACUUAUAGAGAUAUCCCCACAGAAAAUGCAAGUCGGUGAAUUACAAAUCCACAAUAAACUUCUGGAGGAGCUUCUUGGUAAUAUGUGCCAUUCCUCUGCCCAAGUAAGGGAAACUAUAGGUGUCACCCUUUCUGUGUUAUGCUCUAACAUUCGGCUUUAUGUGUUAUCUGAUCGUCAUCAUUCACACGAAGGAGGCAAGAAUGAUGUGAAUAACCAACUUACGGAAAGUUGUAUUAAAAUUUUAAAAGAACAAGCGUCUCAAGUGUUGAUGAAUAUUCAAAACACUAGCCACUGUGUCAGUUUGGAGACUUCAAGAGAUUUAAAUGUUCCAGAUGGACAUUUGAAUGGUGAUUCACAGGAUGAUGUCAAAUGGAUGGAAACGCUAUUCCAUUUUAUCAUCUCAUCUUUGAAGUCUGGAAGAUCUUCAUUUUUACUGGAUGUAAUUGUGGGACUUCUUUAUCCUGUAAUUUCGUUGCAGGAAACAUUAAAUAAGGAUUUGUCAGCACUGGCCAAGGCAGCUUUUGAUUUGCUAGGAUGGAGAAUUUUCUGGGAACCCCAUCUCCAAGAAGUUGUAUCUGUGAUUCUUUCUUCAGCCAAUGAUUCUAACUGGCGAACGAGAUCUGCAGUGUUGACAUAUCUACGAAUUUUCAUGCAUAGGCACACUUUCAUUCUCUCACGUUCAGAGAAACAAAAAAUCUGGAGAACUGCUGAGAAGCUACUUAUAGACAUCCAAGUGGAGGCAAGUUCCAGGGUAAGAGAGCAUGCUGCAACAGUUCUAGCGGGCUUAAUGAAGGGUGGGGAUGAAGACCUAGCUAGAGAUUUCCGUGAUAGAGCUUACAAUGUGGCAAAUCUUCUUGAAAGGAAGAUAAAGCAGAGAAAAAGGAGUGAAGGUCAAUCUGUAGCCUCUAUUCAUGGUCCUGUACUUGCUUUGGCAGCUUGUGUAUUAUCAGCCCCUUAUGAUAUGCCCAGUUGGCUGCCUGAGCAUGUUACAUUACUGGCUCGUUUUAGUGGGGAGCCAUCACCUGUGAAAUCCACAGUCACAAAAGCAAUUGCAGAGUUCCGGAGAACGCAUGCAGAUACAUGGGACAUUCAGAAAAAUUCAUUUUCUGAGGAGCAACUUGAGGUUCUGGCUGAUACAUCCUCUUCAUCAUCAUAUUUUGCUUGAUCUAGGCUGUAGCCUAGUAAGAGAGCAGAGACAGGUUGUUAAAGGGCUUAUUUGUUGGAAAGGGGUGUAUUGCAGUCACAAAUGUUGUUUAGGUUUGAAUGCUGUCCCACUUAGCGUUGAUGACUUGGUGCAAAAGAAACAACUGUACUUUUAAAGGGCAGAAGCUUUCUGCAAACGCACUGAAAUCUGUGCUCUUAAGAUCGUGUAUAAAUUAUGGCAGCUUGCUUUGGGUAGUCUUCCAUCUUCGUUUAGGGACUGACUUGAUUUAUAGAGUACAAUUUUUAGGGGGAUCUCUUGUAUAUAUCAAAACAUUCUUCCCUCCUCCUUUUGGUACUUUCUUUAUUUAUUAGUGUUAUUCAUAGCAAGACAUCCUGUUUUCUUCUGUAUACAACCAGUGUACUUGACGACACUCGUCUUCAUUUAUUUUUAUCAGAAAAGAGAAGAAAAUAUGUAGUUGAAAUAGAAAUUACUGGAAA